GCGUGUUCGGGACGAGAUCGAGGCACUGCACUGCCUGAGCUCUCCGAGGGGAGCUGCCUGCUGGAGACAGUUUCUGGGCGAGCGAGCGAUUUACUACAAGGCAGGGCGACAGCGAGAACAACUUCAGUACGCCUAACUAGUUACUAGUUAUUUUCAAAACGAACAGAAAACAAGUUCGGAAGCCAACGCGGGAUCUAUUUAUAACAUUUGUCGGCUGAUAGAGUGCCAAAUUGGUCACGUUCGUAAAGUGAGUUUUUUGCGGGCGGACAGAGCGGAGGAGGGACGGGAGUGUGUUAAACACUUUGAUGUGGGCUGCUGAUGGUUGUAGCAGUGAGGAGAAGGGAUUUAAAAACUUUCCUAAACACAAAAACAAGGGAUUCGUGGCAAUAUUUCCCAAAAUACAACUCUGGUUUUCCCACGAAGAUUUUCCUCUGCUGAUGUGAGAGGACCAUGGUGAGAACAGGACACGUGAGAAGGCGUGACGCUGGGGAGGGAACCUGGAACAUUGAUGGAUACUGGAUAUAGAGACAUGAUGGUAAGAGUUCCAGUGCCACACUCCCAUUGUCAGCUUGUUGCGGCUGCCGUUCCAGUGCCACACUCCCAGUGUCAGCUUGUUGAGGCUGCCGUUCCAGUGCCACACUCCCAGUGUCAGCUUGUUGCGGCUGCCGUUCCAGUGUGAGUGGUAACGUCCCUCCUCUCUCCUGUAGAGGUCAGAUGGUGUUCUGAAGGAGCCAUGGGUAGCUACUGCAGCUGUCCUGACAACCACUCCAUCCCUGAUAACCAUCAAAGCAAAUUCAAGGUGAUAAAUGUAGAUGAUGAUGGUAAUGACUUAGGCUCAGGCUUGAUGGAGCUGACAGAGGAGGAGCUUAUCCUCCACACCAGGAAACGUGACACUGUCAAGUGGCCUUACCUCUGUCUGCGUCGCUACGGUUACGACUCCAACCUCUUCUCCUUCGAGAGCGGGCGACGAUGCCAGACUGGACAGGGUAUCUUUGCGUUCAAGUGUGUGCGGGCGGAGGAGAUCUUCAACAUGCUGCAGGACAUCAUGCACAACAACAGCAUCAGCGUAGUGGAGGAGCAGGUGGUGGAGGUCAACCCUAUAGGGUCUAUUGAGGCUGAGCUGCCCUGCACACCUCACACUGCUGCUGCUCAAGGCUACUCUGUACCCACGUUACCAAACGGUAUAGGACGCUACCCGUCGUUUGGUGAGGCCUCGUCGCGCCCUUCUAGCCGACACCCUUCUGUGGGCAGCGCCAGGCUGCCCUCUGUGGGAGAGGAGUCAACGCACCCUCUCCUGGCCUCGGACCAGUCGGUCCACACCUACGUCAACACGUCAGGUGUACGGGAUGACCUUCGCACUCGCCCCAGCAGCCACACCCCCUUGGAGCUGCGGCUGUCCAAUCCGGAGACGACCUCCUCGCUAGCCACCGCCCCUCCGUCACCCACGGAGACAGACAUGGACACAGAGCCUCAGGUGCUGCUGGAGCCAGAAGGGGUUACAUUUAUCCUCGGUCCCACACCGGCUCAGAGGAGGCAGAAGCAGACCCGUGGGGAUGGGGACAGGGAGGCUGGGUCCAGAGGGUCUGGGGAUGGGGACGGGGAGGCUGAGUCUAGGGGGUCUGGGGAUGGAGAGAUGGUGCUUGGGGUGUCUGGGUCUAACGGUGAGCCCAGCUCGGCAGCUCCCUCUGGGGGUCUGAACGGGAAUGGGAACGGCUGUGUGGUGGGCUCCACCCUGGGUCUCCAGGCAGGAGACUGUGAUACGGGGUAUGACAGUGAUGAACGCAAAGACGCCCCCCCUCCCCCUCUUCCUCCUAACCCUAACCCUCCACCUCAACCAGGAGCCAAACCCAGCACCAUCUCCACCUAUGAGCACCACAACGGCAACACCACCCAUCCUUACGUCUCCACCCCUGUCCCUGUUCCAGCCCCCAACCCCCGGCGUAACCGUGCCGCCAUCCCCCUCCCUGACUCCUCCCACAACGCCAACAACUCCGCCCAGCGGCGCACGGCGCUCCUUAACUACGAGAACCUUCCGGCGCUGCCUCCGGUGUGGGAGACGGCCAGGCGCUUCUCUGAGGGUGACGAGGAGGAUGAAGAGGAGGUGUAUCACGGAUACGGACCAAAGACCCCCUCCCUUAACGGCUACCACAACCACCACCAUCAUCCUCACCACCAUCAUCAUCAUCCUCACCCCCACCUUCAUCACCACGGUCUGGGUCUGGACCCCAUGCACAACUACGUCAACACAGAGAAUGUAAACGUCUCGCUCAGCGCCAAACUGGACUCUGCGCGGAUCCUUCCGCGGGGGCGGGACUCUAGCGGCGUCUGUUCGACUCCCACCGUCUUUAACUUUGACUUCCGGUCGGGGCGAUUGACGGGUGGACCGGGUGGGUUGGGGUUGGAUCCCUUGAGGCAGCUGAACUACAUUGAGGUUGAGAUGGAGAAGGGCUCGGACUCCAGUGGGCCGCAGACGCCCAAGACCCCCACCACUCCCUGUGGUGUCGGCCUGGGCGGUCUCCUCCUCCCCCCUUCCACCCCCACGCGGCGGACCGAACUGUACGCCAUGAUCGACAUCGAGCGCACGGCGGCCAUGUCGAGUCUUCAGAAAGCACUGCCCCGUGACGACGGUACCUCUAGGAAAACCCGACACAACAGUACUGACCUUCCAAUGUGAGCCUCACGACACUUAGCAUACCUAGCCUACCAAGCACUGUCUGCAUCUGAAAUGGCACCCUGUUCCCUAUAUAGUGCACUACUUUUGACCAGGACUAUUCAUAAAAGUGUCUCAGAGUAGGAGCGCUGAUCUAAAAUCAGUUUGACCUUUUAGACCCGUAAGGAAUCAGAUUACGUGGACAGGGGCGGGACCUGAUCCUAGAUCAGCACUUCUACUCUGAGAUGCUUAAUGCAUAACGACCCAGGACCCAUAGGGCUCUGGUCAAAAUGAGUGCACUACAUAGGGAAUAGGGUGUCAUUUGGGACGCGGAACCACUGUCGUCUUCUUCAGCUGCACCUGGACCUGACCCUUGAUGUUGUCAUACUUUGUUAUACCUACAAACUGAAUGAAAAACACAUUUGAAGACAGAAGGGCUGCAGAUUUUUAACAUGUCUUAUUACUUCACAAGGAAGUUACACUGUGUCCUGAAAGUAGCCUGGUCCCACAUCUGUUUGUGCAGUCUUUGUCAUGACAAGGAGUGGCACGAUGGCACAAACGAGACUGGUACCCAGGCUAUACUGAAAGCUUACCUGAAAGGCAACGAUGGUAGAUCAGGUACUCACCAAUAUAACACUAUUUUUAUUCCUGAGGUCAUUUGAUACCGUUAACUAAUUAAAGAAGGAGUGAAACACCUUUAAUUCUAGCCUGGUCCCAGAUCUGUCUGUGCUCUGUGUCUACUCCAUUGCUGUCAUGGUCAAGCCAAAUGAUGAGUGACAGGGAGUUGGCAUGACGGCACAAACAGACUGGUGCCCAGGCCACCUUUAUUCCAGUGCCUGUGUAAGUUUAGCUUGCGGUGGGUGAUGUGACAAACAGUGAGGUCUCUUUGAAUGACGGACCUCAUCACCAAUCUCUCUUGGUACGAAUCCUUUAUAGUGCUGAUCGUAAACUCAAAUGGUCUCAGAGUAAACACUCAUGUCGGUAUCUGAAGCUCACUUCCGCGUUGCCCUAAUGAUUGUAGAUUCCUAUGGCGUCUAACAUUACUGGACCUACCAGGGUUGGGCUCAAUUCCAUUUCAUUCCCAGUCAAUUCAGGAAGUACACCGAAAUUCAAAUUCUCUUCAAUUAGGAAAAUGUGGAAUUGGGUUAACUUUCUGAAUUGACGGAAUGGAAUUGACCCCGAGCCUGGAGUCUUCAGCCAUGUCUUAGGGCACACUUCUUGGUACACUACAGAGUCACUUUAGCCACUAUUAAAUACAGACAGACAGUGUGUAUGUAUGAAUGCCAAAUUAUAUGAUGGCCACAAUGAUGCUGUAAUAAUGUGUUUGGCUGUACUGAAAGUACCCAAAUCAUACCAUUGGUAUGCUUGUAUGGCAUCUUCAUGCUCCGGGUUCAUUCCAUCAGGGUUGGGGUCCAAAUACUUCACUAUUGGGUCAAUUCAGAAAGUCAGUUGGAAUUUCAGUUUGCUUCCUGGAUUGACAGAACUGAAAGGGAAUACACGCCCACCCUGCAAACAAUACUCAACUUGUACAGGGCCCUCUGGUGGUUGUUGGUGGUCUUAGUUCAGUCUGAAGUGUCAUUCGAAACAUUGUCGUGAACAAGGAAAACAAAAACCAAAGCGUUUAUCACACAACGCUGUCAGUCAACCAUGUUUCAUAGGAGGAGUGUGGGUUCCAAAGUGUCAUCUUCUGUUACCUGUUAUCUCACUGUAUCAUAUUGUACAAAUUAUUAUUAUAUGUUCUAACUUGCAUUAUAUUUUUUUCUACCUACAUUUAAAAGAGUUAAUAAACUAUAGGAAUUGUACAAAAAAGUAGUUUAAUAGAUAUUGUUUAUUAAAGAAAUGAACUGUUAGCGGGAACCAUGGAUUAUUUGCCAAACUCCUUUUUUUUCUAUUCUAGAGUAUGAUGAUUGUCACAGAGUUCCAGAAUGCGAUUGAUUCCAUUGGUUCCAUUUACGAUGUAAACAUGACUUAUUUCCUCUGUUUUGGUCUCAGACCACCAGACACUAUAAAGGACUAUGCAGUGAAUUAAACAAUUAAUUACUCACUGGGCACAGACGUCAAUUCAACGUCUAUUCCACGUUGGUUGAACGUAAUUUCAUUGAAAUGACGUGGAAACAACAUUGAUUCAACCAGUGUGUGCCCAGUGGGUCUACUGUUUAAAAACAUAAUGCCAUAGUAGUGUAUGGACUUUAUAUUG